CGGGCGCAGCCGGCGGCUAUUUCUCCCGGCACGGGCGCGGGCGCGGGGUGGCUCGGGUCGGGUCAGGCCGGGAGGCAGCGCGGGCCAUGGCCGCGGCCGCCGCGGUGUCGCCCAGGCCGGCGGGGGCCCGCGCGGCCGCGCUGUCGCCGAGCAGCCCGACGCGGCUGAGCCGGCUGCAGGAGAAGGAGGAGCUGCGGCAGCUCAAUGACCGCCUGGCCGCCUACAUCGACCGGGCGCGGGCCCUGGAGGCCGAGAAGGCGGCGCUGCGGCAGCGCCUGGCGGAGCACGAGGAGGGCAGCGGGCGCGAGCUGGGCGCCCUGCGGCAGCGCUACGAGGCCGAGCUGGCCGACGCCCGCCAGGCGCUGGACGACAUCGCCAUGGAGCGGGCCGCGCUGCAGGUGGAGCUGGGCCGGGUCGGCGAGGAGCACCGGCAGCUGCACAGCAGGAGUUCAAAAAGGGAAACUGACUUAAACCUGGCACAAGUUCGUCUAAGAGACCUUGAUGCUCAUCUGAAUGCCAAAGAAGCUGAAUUAGCAACAGCUUUGAGUGAAAAGCGAAGUUUGGAGGGAGACCUUCAAGAGCUGAAGGAUCAAGUUGUCACUCUUAAAUUGUCUUUGGAAGACACCAAAAACCAUCUACAUAGUGAAAUGUUGAGGAGAGCAGACCUGGAAAGCCAGAUGAAAAAUUUGCAGGAACAAAUGACAUUCCAGAAGCGCCUCCAUGAAGAUGAGCUCAAGGAAACAAGAAGAAGCCAUGAGAGCAGGAUAGCAGAAAUAGAAUCUGGUCGUCAGAGGGAAUUUGAAAGUAAACUCUCAGAUGCGUUGCAAGGGCUCAGGAGAGAGCAUGAAGAACAAAUACAAGGAUACAAAGAGGAGCUGGAACGGACAUUUAGUGCCAAAAUGGAGAAUGCCCAACUUGCUGCUGCAAGGAAUAGUGACUUUGCCAAUGCUGCUCGGGAGGAGCUGAUGGAAACGAAGCUGAGAGUUGACAGUCUGACAGCCCAGCUUAACCAAUAUCAAACCCAGAACUCUGCCUUGGAGAACAGAAUCAGGGAAUUGCAGGAGACCAUGGAUUAUGACCGUGAAAUGUAUCGAAGACGUAUGGUUGAAAAAGAUAAAGAAAUGGCACAGACACGGCAGCAGGUACAAGCACAGCUGGAAGAAUAUGAACAUCUACUAGAUGUGAAGCUGGCUCUAGAUCUAGAAAUAAAUGCCUACAGGAAGAUGCUGGAAGGAGAGGAACAGAGGCUUAAGUUGUCCCCGAGUCCAUCUUCCCACAGUGUUGCAACCCAGGCAACAACCAGUCAAGGGCGUCGCUUUCUGCAUGGAAAGAAGAGAAAAAUAAAAGAAUCAAGAAGGGGAGAGCCUAGUGCUUACUUUAAGACUAUUCAGCAUGCAUCAUCUUCAGGAAGUGUGUCCAUUGAAGAUAUUGAUGCAGAAGGGAAGUUUGUCAAACUUAAAAACAACUCAAAUGAGGAUCAGUCACUACAUGGAUGGGUACUAAGACGACAACUUGGAAGCUUGUCCGACAUAAUGUACAAGUUUCCUGCUCGGUUUACCCUUCUGUCAGGCCAGGUAGUCACGAUCUGGGGUGCAGAUGCUGGUAUCCAUCCAAGCCCAACUGAUCUGGUUUGGAAAUCGCAGAAAUCAUGGGGAACUGGGGAUAGCAUUAGAGUCGUACUUAUCAACUCUGAUGGAGAGGAGACAGCAGAUCGGAAGGUUGUGCAGGUACCCAGGGGGGAGGACAGUGGCGAACAGGAAGAUGAGUUUGAGGAAGAAAUAGCAAGUAGUGACAUAGCGCUUCAACGUCAGACCAAAAGAAGAAAAAAGAAAUGUUGUUUGGUUUCAUGAUAGUGGGUCCUGUGAGCAGCACAAAGCAGUGUCUUCAGCAAAAUGAAGAUCCUAGCUGUUCUGUCAUGUAACUAAACCAAGGUGGUGACCAUCUAAAAUGCUCCUGAACUUCAGCAACUUCUGGAAUCUAUGAUCCUCAGACUUUUCCCCCGUCCUCCCCUUUACCUAUUUGAGAGAGGCCCUCCAGAAUGUGAAACUUUGUCAGUUGAUAUUAUUUUACUCUAUUUUGGAUGUAACAGUAUAAACUAGAGCAGACUUCCUUUAUGAAGAAAAAAGGUUUUUAAAAAUGAGAAGUUCUGUGAACUAUCCACCCACAACUUGUUACAAAGGACAGGUGUAUACAAUUCAUGUAAUUUUUGCCAGCUGUCUUUACCUUAACAAGCCUUUAUAUUUGUGAUCAUUGACCAUUCUUUAUCUUGCUUCUUUAAAAGUUCUUUCUCAAAGCAGCCUUUGAAGAAAUAAUAUUGUUUCAAGUAUGACUAAAGUGAGCCAAAUUCUGCCCUGACUUGCACUUUGGACAACUUCACUGAAGUCAGGGUAAGGCAAAACGUUAUUGUUGGGAGUUCUUAGUCAUUGAAAUAGAACUUUCUUGGAGUCGCUCAUCACAGUACAGGCAACAAAUCUAAGCCAAUUGUUAGAAUUAUCUACUAGUGUAUGUGAAGUUUUAAAAUUGGGAAGCUAUUUAUAAACUGUUCUUUUUAACUUGUAGUUAAAGUAUAAUAUACUGUUACUAUAUCCUACUUCCUGGCAAUCUAUAAACUUAUUGAGUUUUACUAAACUUGUACACCGUUACAUAGCUUCUGUCAACACUGUGUUGGAAAUUUGGGUUGGAUACCUGGGUUUACAUAAAUGAGCAAAGGAACCCUUUGCCAACCUAAAAGCUACUCGGCAAUACUAUAUGCACAGCAAUAUUAUGUUCUAACACUGCCAAGUAAUCAGGUUUUUAAGGGGAAUAGAACUAAAGGCACUGGACAGUUCUGUAUAGCCAGAGUCAGAGGGCUCCCUUUAAAGUGUUCCUCUACUAACUGUACAAAGUAUAAAGAAGAAUGUGGUAGUGUUGGGUUUACAUUGCCAUGGUGUAUACUUGACUGGGUUGAAGGGCACUUCCCUUUUGGCAAAAGGUUAGGAAACUGUGACAUUUAACAGAUUAAUAUAUAGUAGCAUGACAAUGUACAGUUAACUUAAGGGGCAUGGCAGGAGAGGCCAUGGGUAACUGCUACAGUGGAGCUCUAGCUUUUUCUGUUACUGAGAGGCUUACUUGGCUGUGUUGUGGUGUGGAAAAACAAGGACUCCUGCAGGGCUGCUUAACCAACGCUGAAGUCUGCUUCCCUGAUCUCUCCCUCUUUUAAAAAAAAAAGUGGAUGAUGCAGCCCACUGGAACAGCUUUCAGACUUCUUUGUUGCCUUGCCAAAAUCUUUGCUAUAUAGUAUGUUUGAAUUCAAGAUCUGUUCCAUGUUAGGAUAUGGCUUUUAAAGUAAAGCUCUUCUUUGACUGCUUUAGAGUUCCCUUUGAUAAACUAGUUUAAAAAAAACCCUACGUGGAUUUUAAAUCUUUUGACACCUUGGCUUUGCAUAUUUUAGCAAAUCCAAAUCCUUUGCUUCAUUGCACCUUGUCACUUUAAAAUGGGUUCUGUUUAUAAUCUUACUAUGUUUAUUAUUUUGGUCUGUUAAAUUUUUUACUAUUAAAGAUAUUUUCCAUGUA